AUGUGGUCGAUUUCCGUCGACGCUGAAGAUGAAGUGUUGUACAAUGGUUUGAGAAUAUGCGACGAUAAAAAUGCGACGGUCUGCGACAGAGUCGGAUUCCAUUGCACGAAGAAGAUUGAAGGCAAAGAUUUCAUUGGAGUUGGAUUCUGCAUUCCAAGUAAGUUUUCACAACAGUAACUUUCUUUACACAACAAAAAAUUGCAAUAACUUUCUUUAAAAAACAUAAAAUGGCAAGAACUUUCUUUACAAAACAUAAAACGGCAAGAACUUUUUUUAUAAAGCAAUAAAUGGCAAGAACUUUCUUUAAAAAACAUAAAAUGGCAAGAACUUUCUUUACAAUGCAAAUAAAUGGCAGGAACUUUUAUUCGCUAAAGACACCUUAUUCAUCGUAUAACUUGUCAACCGCAGGUUGCAGUUCGUAAAACCUGGGUUUAAUAGCUAAAAAAUGACAAAACCCUUUAACAUUAUGUUUUUUUAAGAUUAAUGUUUUCAGGAAUUUACUGUUCCGAUGCCACUGAUUGCUCAUCGAAGAAGUGUGUCAGCAAUAUGUGCGUACCAUCACGAGUCUUUUGCUGGAAAAAUGAAGACUGUGCCGCGUUAAAGGUUGGCUGUAACAAGUCGCGAUACAUUAAUGGCCUAUGGGAAUGCGAAGGCGAGAUCCACGCUGAAGAAGUCCUCGAGGAACCCCGGAAUGACACUCUGUUGUAUGAUCAGUUGAAAUAA